UUCUGUUAUACCGGUCAAAGUCAACUCAUGCGCAGUCAUCCUCCCCACUCCUCCCUCUUUCUCUCUCUUUAUAACAGUCGCCGCCGCCGCCGCGUAGAGGGAGAAAAGGCAUAGCGGGCGGACAGAAUCUCCGAACUCCACCACCACACGGCCAUGCCCCAUCUCCCCAUACCCUCAGCUCCGGCCUCCUCUCUCGCCUGAGCUCGUCCCGUCCUCCGCCACCGCCGCCAUCGCCUCCCGCUCCCCGAGCAAGCAAUGGGCGGCGGUAACGGAAGGAAGCACCGGUGGAUCAUCUCCUUCGGCCGCUCCUCCUCCUCCUCCUCCUCCGCCUCCGCCUCCGCCGCCGCCGUCUCGAAGGACCCGCCGCGCGAGUUCCUGUGCCCGGUCACCGGGUCCCUCAUGGCGGACCCCGUCGUCGUCUCGUCGGGCCAGACCUUCGAGCGGGUCUCCGCCCAGGUGUGCAAGGACCUGGGCUUCUCGCCGGCCGUGGACGACGGUUCCAGGCCCGAUUUCACCGCUCUCAUCUCGAACAAAGCCCUCCAGAGGACGAUCCUUAACUGGUGCGACAAAUCGGGGUCCCUGCCCCCGCAGGCGCCGGAUUAUAGCUCCGUCGAGAGGGUCGUGCGGUCCCAAAUCGCCGCCCUGGAUGGGGGAGAGGAGGAGGAGGAGCCGAGGGGCGAGAUCAGGGCUUCGGAGAGGGAGCUGCUGAAGGGAGUCGCGGAGAACCCGCCGGUGAUAUUCUCGCACGCGGUGAGCGAGGUCGGUCCCCGGGUCAACCACUUCUACUCGAGCCCGUCGGAGGAAUCCGUGGUGGUCGCGGCUAGCCCGGAGACUCCAUUGCCGCUGACCACGAGGCCUUCCUGCUUCUCGCCGUGCAGCUCGUCCGAGCUCGUGGAGAGCGAGACCUUGGGCUUGGCUCCUAAUCCGGAAGAGGAGAACUUGUUGGCGAUGCUGGAGAGCUCCGAGCUUUACGACCAAGAGCAGGGCGUGCUCUUGCUGAGGAAGAUCACGAGGACGAAAGAGGAAAGCAGGAUUUCUCUGUGCACGCCGAGGAUGAUCGCCGCGCUCAAGCCGCUCCUAGCCGCACGGCACAACACGAUGCAGGUAAAUGCCGUUGCUUCGCUGGUCAAUUUGUCGCUGGAGAAUGCGAACAAGGUUAAAAUAGUGAGGUCAGGGAUUGUGCCCCUGUUGAUCGAUGUGUUGACGGGAAGUUUCGGCGAAGCGCAAGAGCACGCUGCAGGCGCAUUGUUUAGUUUAGCUUUGGAUGAUGAUAAUAAGAUGGCGAUUGGAGUCUUAGGUGCUUUGCCACCUCUUUUACACGCGCUUAGAUCGGAGAGCGAGCGCAUGAGGCAUGACUCGGCACUUGCUCUGUAUAAUCUGACCCUGGUGCAGAGCAAUAGGAUCAAAUUGGUGAAGCUUAACGCGGUGCCGGCUCUAUUGGCGAUGGUGAAAGCUAAGAACUUGGCCAACCGGGUAUUGCUCAUUCUGUGCAAUCUUGCUGCUUGCGUGGAGGGAAAGUCGGCUAUGCUCGAUGCCAACGCGGUGGGGAUUCUAGUCGAGCUUUUGAGAGGGAAGGAGGUGGAGUCUGAGGCAAGCAGAGAGACUUGCGUUGCAGCACUCUACGCAAUGAGCAACGGGAGUUUGAGGUUUAAAGGGCUGGUGAGGGAUGCAAAGGCAGUGGAGGUCUUGAGGGAGGUCGAGGAGAAGGGGACCGAUCGAGCGAGAGAGAAGGCUAGGAGGUUGAUCGAAAUGAUGAGAGGAACGGAGCAAGGCGAGGAAGAGGAUCCCGACCGGUUGGUGCCCUUGGAAUCGAGCGGAUUUAACAGGACUCGAUACCGAUUCGGCCACUUCGGGCCUGAUGGGAGGAAUUUGUACGGUGCAAACACUACCGAGUUCUAACUGUUCAUUACGUCAGUUCCCUUUCCCAAUUAAGUCUGGUAAAUUAAGUUGCAGUGGACAAAUUCAGCUACAAACUGCAGGUGGAAGGAAGGGAAACUCGUGCUUUUCGUUUCAUUAAAGCUAAGUUACCAUUUUGCGGAGUGAAAAUGGAUGCCUGGCAUUGCGCCGAAGAUACCCUCAAGCAGGGAAUUUCAGUCCAUUGCUGGAAUUUCCAGUUGCUCUGGUUAGGCGAGUUUGUGCAUAUGUAGGUGUGCAUAUUACUUUACUCAGCGAGAGAGUGAGUGAUACUAUUGCUGUGUUGCGUUUCUUCUGCUCCUCUCUUUUGCCUCUUCUUUUGACUCAUUUGUUCUCUGUUCUGUCUUCUGGAUGUUAUACUGAACAUAUCUGAUUUUGGAAGGGCCAUGGGCAAUAAACUACAUUGACUUGUUCUUA